AUGUCGUUCCCCAGCCUCGUCUCGUUCGAGUUCAUUACUAAUUUCGGAAGGGCUCCAAUGCUUGAAAGAAUGCCGCACUUGGAAGCUGCCAAAGUUCGAUUCAAUCAUCGUUACGAUGAUCGAUGUAAAAAUGGUCGCUUGGAUGACUGUGGAGAUGCUGCCUGUGGGGGUUGCUUUUAUUACUAUGUCCCUGAUGAUUCCGGCAGCGUGUUUCUUCAUGGCUUGGCUGAAGCUACUUACUUGAAUUUGUCAGCUUAUCCUGAUCUGUAUGUUUUCAGCAGGGAUUUGGAGUGGUGCCCUGCAUUUAACAAGUUAAAGACUUUGGUGCUUAGCAAAUGGUUUGUGUCUACUGACCUCAGUGCACUGAUUUGGUUCUUGCACCACACCCCUCUUUUGGAGAAGCUUACCCUUAGAAUGUCAAAGGCACACAAGACUUUAAUGAAAACAGAGGGAAGUUACAAUCCAUUGGAAAAAUCAAUUGCACCUAGACAUCUUCAGAAUGCUGAAAUCAUAUGCAAAGAUGUUGAUGGGAUAGUACUCAAAGUUCUGAAGGUCUUGAAUGCUAAUGGCAUACCACUGGAGAAAAUAAGAAUUCAAUUUUCAGAUCGUUAUAACUUUGUGUGUACUGAUAACUCCAAGUAG